AUGGUGUGCGUACCAAACGCAAGUGCGUACCAAACGCAAGUGCGACACCAAACGCAAGUGCGUACCAAACGCAAGUGCGACACCAAACGCAAGUGCGACACCAAACGCAAGUGCGACACCAAACGCAAGUGCGCGACAAACGCAAGUGCGCGACAAACGCAAGUGCGCGACAAACGCAAGUGCGCGAACGAACGCAAGUGCGCGAACGAACGCAAGUGCGCGAACGAACGCAAGUGCGCGAACGAACGCAAGUGCGAGACCGAACGCAAGUGCGAGACCGAACGCGAGUGCGAGACCGAACGCGAGUGCGAGACCGAACGCGAGCGGUGCGAGACCGAACGCGAGUGCGAGACCGAACGCGAGUGCGAGACCGAACGCGAGUGCGAGACCGAACGCGAGUGCGAGACCGAACGCGAGUGCGAGACCGAACGCGAGUGCGAGACCGAACGCGAGUGCGAGACCGAACGCGAGUGCGAGACCGAACGCGAGUGCGAGACCGAACGCAGAGUGCGAGACCGAACGCGAGUGCGAGACCGAACGCAAGUGCGAGACCGAACGCAAGUGCGAGACCGAACGCAAGUGCGAGACCGAACGCAAGUGCGAGACCGAACGCAAGUGCGAGACCGAACGCAAGUUUUGUUCGAGCAUGAAAAUGAACUUGGGUCAAGACCGUUCACAUUCAAAAUGCACUUUGUGGACAGCGACCCUGAGGCGAGCCAAACUCCACCUCUACAUUUAGCAUGCACAGUUGCAGUCCUGGGUUUCUUCUCCAAUCCCUCAUGUUAA